AUGACAACUAAAAUUUCCGUCGAAGAAAUGGAGGCGGCUCGUAAUCGAACGUCUUCACUAAUUCAUAAUACACCAAUUAUGAAAAGUGACAAAAUUAAUGAUAAGGUUGGAGCAAAGGUGCUGUUCAAAUGUGAACAUCUUCAAAAAACAGGGAGUUUCAAAGCUCGCGGAGCACUCAAUUCUGCUAUUUUGGCAAAGGAACAGAAUGCAAAAGGAGUGAACUGCGAAAGAAAAACGCCGGUGGCCAAGAUUGCUCAUUCUUCUGGGAACCAUGGUCAAGCUCUUGCUUGGGCCGCCCAAAAAAUUGGACUACCAUGUACUAUAGUUGUUCCAAAAAAUGCACCAAAUUCGAAGGUUGAAGGAAUGAAAGAAUACAAUGCCGACGUUGUGUUUUGUGAACCAACAAUGAGUAGUAGAGAAAUAACAUGCGCCGAGAUGGCUGAGAAAUUAGGCUACUAUUAUGUGGACCCACAUAAUUGUGUUACAAUGAUUAAUGGACAUGGAUCCAUCGUUUUUGAAGUUUUGGAACAGGCAGGAGAUGAAAUAGAUUCAAUCUUUUUGUCAGUUGGAGGUGGUGGAUUUGCGGCUUCUGUCGCUUUUCUUAUUGGAAAUUUGAAUCCAGACAUUGCAGUGUACCUCGUUGAACCUGAAGAGAAAAACCUUGCAAAUCUUUUGGAAAAUGGAGUUCAGUGUGCCAGUGAAACUCUGAACACAAUUGCAGAUGGUGUUCGAGUAUCUCAUGUUGGAUCCCUAUGUGAGCCCAUUCUCAAGAAAUACUGUACUCGUACUGUUGUCAGUGUGAAGGAAGAGGAAAUCAAAGAGGCUUUGAAUUUGAUUUGGACUAGAACAAAGCAACGCAUCGAGCCAACUGCUGCUCUUGCAUUCGCUGGAGUUCUCUAUCACAAACCAGACCAUGUCAAGAAGCCAUUAGUCAUUUUAUGCGGAGGAAAUGUUGAUACCGACUAUGUGAUCAAUUGA